ACUGCGGCUCUUGCGGGAGAGGAUCCUGAAUGUUUUUUUUGUUAAGCGAUGUCCUCGAAGCUCCUCAACUUCCCAGCAGCAACUACCACGAAAUUUGUGAGUAAUUCCACGGCCAGCAGCGGCAGCAGCAGCAGCCGGAUCCCGCCGAGUGUCGCCUGGAACUACGAUAACCUCCGGUUGGCCGAGGUGCUCUGCCCGGUUUGUCAAUCGGUCCUGGUGGAGCCGGUCUUUCUCCCCUGCAAGCACCUGUUUUGCCGCGAUUGUCUCAGCGGGACGAUCGAGAAAAACUCCCUCUGCUGCCCUUGCUGCCGCAAGCGCUUCGGGACGUGGUACCGGCAUGCGUCGCGUGGGAACACGCUCGUGCAUGAGCGCCUUUGGGAGGCAAUCCAAAGCCAGUUCCGUGACCUGCUAGAGGACGACAGCAGCCCCAGGGCAACGAAAGCGUCCACGACAUCCCACGCUACCAGCACCACCUUUCCGAAGCUAAACAGUCCCGGGUGCCUGCGGAAGGAAUACAACGAAGAACUGAAGCGCUAUCAGCAGGAGCUGCUGGAAGAGAAACAGAAGGAGGUGAUCGCGUCCGAGCACUACAUCAUCAAUCUGUACAAACAGGAGGGUGUCAUCGAUCUGGCCGACAGCAGUAGCCAUGUGUCGGUUUCGUCGGCCACCACUCCGGACCUCCAGGACACCGGCACUAAGGUGUGUGGUGGCAACACCUCCUCUUUGGCCGGUCCAUCAUCAUCAUCAUCACACCAAUUGGGCCCGAAAGCGGCUGCUUACGGCUCCGGCACCAUGGCUACGGCAGAUAGUCGUAGCGACAAGAUAGUGGCAACCCACGGAUCAUCACGCGCCUCACCAUCGAAUGGAAGUGUCAUCUCCAUCUCGUCCACUUCUUCGGCCGUAUCGGCGGUCACGAGUACAUCGUGUGUUUCGUCCUCAAUAUCGGAACGAUUCAGCAUCAUAAAAUCCGUCACUCAGACGCUUGGCCGCAGUGCUGAGCUGGUAAAGCAGAAGGCUACUGACCUGACACAGCGACUAUCGUUCGGGAAGCAAAAGACGACGACGACGACGACAACGACUGCCAUCGACCUGAACAAGAGUGAGCUGUGCAUGAAACCGACGGAACUGCACAAAACCGAACAACGCGGUGCGGUUGACGAGGACGAUGAUGAUGGUGAAGCGGAUGAGACUGAUAGCUUAAAAGCGGAACAGAACCAUUUCGUCCCGAUCCAUGCAUCACUGCCAAAGAGCAGCUUCUCACUGGAUAGCGUUGUCCGUGUUCCACCGAAACGUACACCACAAGCGUGCACCAAGUACACGCUGUCGCCCAGGAAGUGUUCAAUACGGUCCCUGCUCAAUCCGACCACACCCGACGGCAGGUCGGCUUUCUCGGUUGUGAACUUUUGUCUUCUAACGCCCCCGAAAAAUCCAAUUUCCCCCGAUGACACCACCGCUGCUGAGCAGGAAGAGCCAUCUUCUCAUUCGUCCUCCGCAUCGGGAUCUCGCGAGAAGAAAACGAACGGUACAACCGUGCAGGCCCGUGGUGGCCGUCGCCGUCGAAAGCUCAAGUUCUCGCCAACGAAAGCACGAAAGUCAUCGAGCACCGUAGUGGCGCGUAGUGGAGGAAAUGUUGGAUCGUCGGAGGCGGUGCCGGGGACCACCACUCGAGCAACGCGGCGCACAUCGGACACCAAGACGACUGCGACGCUGCUGAAGGACAUCAUCGUCAGCGAUCAGCAGCGGUUGGAGCAGCAGAUCGAGAUGGAAAGGCGUGAUUUUGAAUUCGCACAAAAACUACAACAAAAGCUAAACCGACCGCACGGUGUGAUGCAGGAAAUCCACCGACCGUACCCGCCGGUAGCGCGGAACUGUUCCUAUUCGCUGCGGCGCAAAGGAAGUGAUAACGUGAGUGAACUGUCCGGCACCAGCACAAAGCGCCAGAGUGAAGCGGAUGAGCCGGAGGACGCGAAAAGCGUCGCCCAGAGGACACGCAAACGAAAGGCCACGAGUAGCAGCGUGGAGAACGAUGUUCCUACGGUAUCCCCGCCCAGCGAGGGUACCGCGAGAAAGCGGCAAACACGACGAACGAUCAAAGCGGUACCGGUAGAAUCCGUGUCACCUGUCGCUUCGACGGCGGUCGCGGAGGCUCCGGUGCAACGCAAAUCCACCCGGAACAAGGCACGCUAAAGCCGUGCAGCUGUCCUGCGGGGUCCAAUGUAGCAGGAAAGCUAGAGCCGGAUAGUAAAGUGAGAAUAAUUCCGUUCAGCAAAAUGUGCCACAAUCGUUGGUGGGUGACCUCUGUGUGAGAGAAGCGACAUUUUCACAGGGCAGGUGGUGCCAUUGCCCCUACUCCCAAGUCCCAAGUAGUAGUUCCGGGAUACUUACAAAGCAAAAGGACAACACACGUACACGCUCAACGCUCAAUGCUCUUACGUUGUUAAGGCCCUUGUUGUUGGAGUGUGGUGAUCGGGACAAAGAUAGACGAUCGAGAUAUGUUGCAAUACGCUCGCUAUAUUCCAGUUUAUAUUGUAUAUAUACUUUCCCUUUUAGCAUGUAAAAGUCGAUAAGAUAACGAUAGAAUAUUAGGGCGAGAAUCAUUGUGUAUUGUACGUAUAAGCCCAUUAUCCUAAAUCAGGUCGGUACGGCCGGUGAGAUAGAAACGCGACGCGAAUCCGACGAAUCGCGGGCCGUGGCGGAAGAGGGUCCAUUUUUGUUGCAUUCUUAAUCUGCAUUUACCCUGCCUUGUAGAGGCCGGGGCUGUCUUUUCUUUUGAAUUGUUUUGAGCUCGAAUGCCAUUGUUUGUGAUGCCGGAGAGGAUCAGUCGAGAUAACCUGUUUGUGCGCGAUAAGACGCACAGGGCAGAGCGAUCAAUUUGAGCAGCAGCAUAUGUGUAUGCUUACAACACAAAAAAGAGACAAAAAAACAUCAAAAAAAAGCAAAACAAUUUCUUGAAUUUGCAUUCUACGCCGUACAGAGCAGCAGAAUUGGAACUUGGAAGAAGACGAAGAAUGGAAUGAAGAAUGUGAAAAUUUGGAAAGUUCCCAGAUACAAUAAACUUCAUAAUUGUCGAAUCACA